GGCUCUGUGCCAUUUCUGGUCAGUACCACCUCUGGUACCACCGUGCUAGGGGCCUUUGACCCCCUGGAUGCAAUUGCUGAUGUUUGCCAGCGUCACGGAUUAUGGUUACACGUGGAUGCCGCCUGGGGUGGGAGCGUCCUGCUGUCCCGGACACACAGGCAUCUCCUGGAUGGGAUCCAGAGGGCUGACUCUGUGGCCUGGAACCCUCACAAGCUUCUCGGUGCAGGGCUGCAGUGCUCUGCUCUUCUUCUCCGGGACACCUCGAACCUGCUCAAGCGCUGCCAUGGGUCCCAGGCCAGCUACCUGUUCCAGCAGGACAAAUUCUAUGACGUGGCUCUUGACACUGGAGACAAGGUGGUGCAGUGUGGCCGCCGUGUGGACUGUCUGAAGUUGUGGCUCAUGUGGAAGGCACAGGGUGGGCAAGGACUGGAGCGGCGCAUCGACCAGGCCUUUGCUCUCACCCGGUACCUGGUGGAGGAGAUAAAAAAGCGGGAAGGAUUUGAGUUGGUCAUGGAGCCUGAGUUUGUCAAUGUGUGCUUCUGGUUUGUGCCUCCCAGCCUGCGGGGGAAGAAAGAGAGUCCAGAUUACAGCAAAAGGCUGUCUCAGGUGGCGCCUGUACUCAAGGAGCGCAUGGUGAAGAAGGGCUCCAUGAUGAUUGGCUACCAGCCCCAUGGGACCCGGGCCAACUUCUUCCGGAUGGUGGUGGCCAACCCCACACUGACCCAGGCUGAUAUAGACUUCCUUCUGUGUGAGCUGGAGCGUCUGGGCCAGGACCUGUGACCUGCUACCCCGCCCGCUCAGCCUCACCGAAGCUCUGCAUAGCCUCCUGGGUUCUCAAAAGCAACCUUUGUAGGAAACAGUGGCCUUGGCUGUGUGCUUCCUCACACUAACUCUCCUAGCGAAGUACUUGCUAUUAGGAGAGUGUUUAAAUACACUACAUUACAUUUUUAUGAUACAUGCUUUCAUUAAGCUGGGUGUGGUGGCACACACUUUUAACCCCAGCAGUCGGAUCUCUGAAUUCAAGUCCAGCCUGGUCUACAGAGGAAGUUCCAAGACAGCCAAGGCUGUACAGAGAAAGCCUUAUCUCAACAAACAAACAAAAACAAAAGAAGGAAUAUUCUUUUAAUUAAAAUUAUAUUUACAAAGAAUUUUUAUUAAUAUGAGGGAAAUGGUAUGAUAUUUUGAAAAAGCUGGAUAUGAGUUUUUAUAAUUGUGGUAUCUGAGUUAUGCUAAAAAAAAAUACAUAGGAAAAUGCUGAUGAAUGGAACUGUGUCAAAGGUUGGCAGUUUUCCCUGGAUGAGAUAAUAGGCAGUUUCUAAAUCAAACCUCUUGGACCUUUUGUGCUUUUCCAUUUUAUUAUGCAACAAAUAUUAUAUACUUCUGAAAUAGGACAAUAAAGCUGGCAUUUCAAUUAUAUUUUAA